UCUACAUGACUAAGUACAGCAGGAUUCUAAGAGUAGUUCAAUAUUUUAGUAGAGGCAUUCCAACACCUGCUUGAUUUUUCUGGAACAUCUCAGGAAAGUCAGAAGUCAACUAGAAGGUUACUAUUAGUUGGAAGGCAACACAUACAAGAAAGAAAUAGAAGAAAAUUUCUCUAAUUCCAGCCAAAAGGUUGAGUUUUGAAGAAAAGGAUCUUAUAAACAUCAAGACUUUCAAUGUAAUUUUCCCAUUAGGUAUAAAUCUGUACCAACAGCCUGUAUGUCUGUUCAGUGAUGGGUAUAAUUUGAUAAGAAACUUAGAAAAGCUUAUAAUACAAUUUAGUUAAAUAUUUUCUAUACUGUUUAAAUUAGAAAACCACCCACACUGGAGUUAGCAUGUUUGAUCAGAUUUAACUCUUGAAAUGCAGAAAGACAUCUUACUUUGUGCUUCAAGAAUUUUAAAUAUAGUAGCAACACAGAACAAAAAAAAAAAAAAAGGAAAAACAGAGGAAUGGCAGGAAAAAGAUUUCCAUGUCUUGGUUUAGCUGUUGUACUAACUUAAACACUAAUGAAGCUCUCUGACACACUCCAACCUGACACUUUUUACUGUGCAAAUGAGAACUGUUCUUUUACUGUGUUCUAACUGAGCCUGCUUUGAGGAGAUUGUGCCAGAUGACCUGCAGAGGUUCUUUCUCAAAAUGAUCUAGAGGAACAAGAUGGAAUCUGUCUCAUCUUCUGACAGGCACAAUAUUGAAAGUGUCUUGUCUUCUAAUGGGCAUCCUGAUUUGAUUUUCUCCUUCCACACAGAAGGGAAAAAAAAGACAUUCUGACAUAUUGCAUUCCUGCUUGCAGUACUUUGGAUUAGGAUUAUUUCCAUUGUUUUAACAGAAAACUUCCCUGUUAUAAAAAUGCUGUUAUACUGAGCAAUGUAAUAUAUCCCAUGCCACAAAACUACAGUUAUUUCCCAUUCAGGUGGCGCCUUUCUUUCACACACAAAGAUAUCUAGAUUGGCCUUUAACAAUAGCAAUGCAUUGUCUGUGUUAGGGUGGUGGGCCUCCCGGGCAGCAUGUGGGAGUGGGAAGAGGCGAGCAGCCCCGGCUGCAGGGCGAUCAGGCCGAGGAAGCCGCUGGGCUGCGCCUGCAAUCGGUGCGUUGCCCCUUUAAUUGUGUCCCCAGCCCUCGGGCGUCUCUGUCCAACGCCCACGUCAGCAAAUACCUUUUGUUUCUCUCACGUUCGGGCUUCCAGGGCUCGGGGCUGCGGGACCGGCGCGUCGCCUUCAGCCACGGCGAGCCCCGACGCGGGGCCCGGGACCCCGCAUCCACCGCCCGCUCCCCUCGGCUCGGCGGCAGCCGCCCGCAGGACCCAGCCGAGCAAGCCUUCCUCUUACUCCCUGACUGGAAUGGAGAUUUCUUCCCACCAGUUUCACCUCCUAGAGCAGCUAAACGAACAGCGGAAGCAAGACUUGUUCUGUGACUGCAAUAUCCUGGUUGAGGGAAAGGUCUUUAAAGCACAUCGCAAUGUGCUGUUUGCCAGCAGUGGCUAUUUCAAAAUGCUCCUUUCGCAGAGCUCGAAGGAGACGAGUCAGCCAACAAUAGCUACUUUUGAGGUCUUUUCUCCAGAGACAUUUAUGGUUAUCCUGGACUUUGUGUAUUCGGGUAUAUUGUCUUUAACCGGUCAAAAUGUGAUUGAAGUAAUGUCAGCUGCUAGCUACCUGCAGAUGACAGAUAUUCUCAAUGUCUGUAAGACGUUCAUUAAGUCCUCGCUGGAUAUUAACGAAAAGGAGAAGGAUCAUUACCUCAGCCUUUCAGCCAAAAGUACAAACAGUGAACCUGUGCGUCCAUCACUUUAUCGGUCAAGAAGGAAAGCAAAGAGCAACCCCAGGCGUUCCUAUUCAAUCCCAGAAGAAAAGGCUAAUACAGUGAAUGAAAAUUCCUGGAGCAGUUACAGCAGCUACCUAUCCUCACAGGUGAUUCUUCAGCAGGCAGAAACACAGCUAUCGAAAAGAGGCAGAAAACAGGCCUCAACGAGAAAGCGCCGAAAGCACCUCGGGCUGUCACAGACCCGUGAUUUUGUGCAGUAUAAAUCGAACAAAGUUGAGCGGGCCAGCGGAGGUUGCAGUGCGUCGGAUCCCAGCCACAUCUCUCAGGUUAGAGAGGAGGAUGAAUUCAAUGCCGAGAAUAACGUUGAUCAUGAUGAUUACAGAUAUAAUCACGAAUCAGAAGUGAUACCAAAGAGGUGGACUGUUGCUCAGCUAGAACAAGAACUUUCAAGAACUCCUGAGUUCAUGGAAUUAAAGGCAGAAGAACUGACCACCUCAGUGCCCGCAAUUUUAGGUAUAAUGGGUAGUUGGAACGAAGCAGAUGACCUACCUCGGAUGCGAUUCAAAUGCCCCUUCUGUACGCACACGGUGAAACGACGCGCAGACCUGAAGCGACAUCUUCGGUGUCACACAGGGGAGCGACCGUACCCAUGCGAAGUGUGCGGGAAAAGGUUCACCCGACUAGAGCAUUUACGUAACCACUUCCAAACGAUACAUCAAGCUUGCAAACUGAUCUGCAGAAAAUGCAAGCAUCACGUAACUGAACUAACAGGAUGUGUUGUUCAGCAAGGAACGAGACGCUACAGACUGUGCCAUAAGUGUCUGGCAGAAGCUAAUUUUGAUAGCAUCCCUGACGACUUAGAUGCAGAACAUUCUCCUGUCUCCUCCAUGGGAAACAAACGUUCCAAAUGGGCUUCAGAGGAGGAACAGAAAUCAGAUGAAGAGACGAUGGAGGAGGAACCGUAUAAUCUGGUUGUCCGACAUGUUAAUGAUGAUACUCCAGAUGAGGUAGAUGAAAAGGUGAAACCAAAUCUUAGAGGGCUGGGCAAAAGGAGAGGACUCCCCCGCCACCGCCCUUCAGCCCCAGCGCCAUCUCCUCAGCGGCCCCGGCUGCCGCCUCCGGCUCUGCGGAGAGAACAAAGCCGCCUCAACUCGACGCCUGAUUGGCUAAUCCCAGUCGCUUGACCCAGCCAGCCAAUGAGGUGCCAACCCUGCCGGUGAGGGGGCGGUAGCCGCGCUCUGCCCGGCUGAGGGGCCGCGGCGCCGGGGGGAGCUGCCGCCCGCCGCGGCCCUCACCUCCCGGCGGGAGCCGUGGCCCGCCGUGCCGGGGGAGGGCCCGGAGUCGUCCAUUUCGAGGAACGCCGGCAGGCGGGCGCAAGCCUCGCUGUCCCUCUGCAGCGCUGCUGUGUCUGGCCAGGCACUGUGCUGGGCCUGUGCUGGGGCCCUGGGGCUUCUCCUGAGGAGGGAGGAAAACCCAGUGUGUAAAAAUCAUACCUCUUUUUAUACCAUCAGAUAGGCCUAUCGCUGUUCUUAUUUAUUAAAAAGUCUGUUCGCCUUAGCAGAGA